AUGCACAAGCUGGCCAAUGGUACCACCAAAGAGCGUGCCGAACUUCUUCGCCGUUGGGUGUCAAGUGGCGAAAACCUCCAACAGUGCGAGCAUUCCAUCAACGUUUCCCGCAGCACGGGGGUGGCCGGGCGCAGGAAGGUGGCGCUCGUGGCUGUUAAAGACAGGGAUGCGCCGGGGAUCGCCGAAGAGACUCGGUAUUGGGUUACCAUCGAGGAAUCCCACACCGACUAUGUCGACACGAGGCACACUGAGUCCCUGAGCAUCAAUUCCCGGCCUACGGCCAACGCUGUGGAUGCCAUCAUGGGUGGGGGGCAUGAUCCUACAAUGCUUGCACGGCCACGCGCUUCGACCCCGAGUGUUCUUAGUGGUGACGUUCUUCGCGCAUAUGACACUUACCAGAGUGAAGUGUCACAGGCUGCGGGAGUCAGUGCCUGGGAUUCUCUACGUUGUACGGUCGACCCUAAACCCUAA